AUGUUCGCAUCAGUCAUCGUGCGAUCAUGUCUUGUAUUACAGACAAUCAGAAUAGACCUUUUACAACAACUAACCAUGUUUUUUGCAACACUAACCAAGGCUUUGGUGAUCUAUUAUUUUAUAGCCAUGGUGUUGCAGUUGAACAUACGAUUCAACAUGGUUAACUCCUUCAUACAAAAAAAGUCAAAGACGAAUAAAGAAGACACGAUGAUUGUAACGGAUUAUAUAAAACCUUUGAAGGUGGAAGACGAUUUGUAUUUCUUAUGUAGGCAACAUUACAGGAUUUGUAACGGAGCUAGACUUUUGAACUGGGCAUUUGGUCUGCAGAUUUUGGCUUCAGUUUCUGUGACAUUGGCCGAUAUUUUAUUCCAGUCGUAUUAUUUGUAUCAUAUUUUAUUUCAAAAGGUACCGUACGUUACUGCAUUGAUGAUUUUGAGACCUGUGACAUGGCUGAUUGAUGAAAGUAUCCAGACUUAUCUCUUGGUAAUCGCAUGUGCAAAUUUAUGCGAUAGUGCAAAUUCAACACCAGUUUUAUUACAUCAUUUUCGAAACCUAAUUAACGAUAUUGAGUUGGAAAACCACAUCCAAAUGUAUUCACUACAAAUGCUUCAUCAGAAAAUUAAAUUCACCGCUCUGGGGUUCUUCGCAAUAGAUUAUACACUUAUUUAUUCCAUCAUCGGUGUUGUUACUACAUAUUUAGUAAUUUUUAUUCAGUUUGAUCAAAGCUCCACUGGUGAAUUAGAAGCCACGAAUGACACAUGUUCAUCCGUUAAAUAUUAAUAACACACAACAUUUAAUAACAUUAAUCACAGGGAUACAGAAAAAUGAUAUUUUUCAUUUAGCUCAUAAAUAAGAUAAUUACAUGUUAAAC